AAGCUGGCUUUGAGUGUGUCGCGCUUUCUGAUCCCUUCCGUCGCCGUGACUCCGAUCCCGUCCCUUGGCUUCUCGCGGCCGAAUUGCCUUUCCCUGGCCCGUAAAAGGGGCUGGGCCGAGACUCCCUGCUGGGAGGCCCGGCCUGAGGAAAACCACCCGGGAAGGCGGUUUGUUUUGCGAAAGAAGAUCGGGGCGGGGGCGAGGGGAGCGCGGCUGCUCUGCUAGUCCCAAGCGCGUCACGGGCUUUGGGAGAGGGCAGAAGCAGGAGCAAAGGAGGAGGCGCGUUCGGGCUGGUGCUUGGGAAGAGCCUUUGAUUGUUCAAGGUGUCCCAGGGUGCUGCGGGAAGCAGCGAGUUCCCCGUCGGUGGAGAUUGUCUUUAUUUUAUUAUAGCUUUUUAUUUACAAGACUUAUUCCAAGAUGAAGAUACAGUCAAUGAUUAUGGCAGUCAUAAUAAACCAGGGACUAUUUUGCAAAGGUUUGUGCCAGAAGGGAAUAUACCUUUUCCAGACAUUUUCCAAACAAAUCAGCUUUUGUUCUAUGAGCGAUUCAGAGCUUAUCAAGAUUAUAUUCUAGCUGAUUGCAAGGCUUCCGAGGUAAGGGAAUUCACAGCUGAGUACUUGGAGAAGGUCCUUGAACCAUCUGGAUGGCAGGCAAUCUGGCGCACUAAUGUGUUCGAGGUGCUGGUUGAGGUCACAAAUGUGGAUUUUUCAUCUCUGAAAGCAGAGGUGAAGCUUACUCAUCCUUACCUUUGCGAAUCUCGAGUUAGUACCUUUACUUUGGAAUGCAUGAAAGAAUUGCUAGAACUGAAAGAAAACCAGUUGCCUCUUCAAGAACUGUGGGUGGUGUUUGAUGAUUCAGGCGAGUUUGACCAGACAGCACUUGCAAUUGAACAUGUCAGGUUUUUCUACCAAAAUAUUUGGAGGAGUUGGGAUGAAGAGGAGGAGGAUGAAUAUGAUUAUUUUGUCAGAUGUGUUGAACCUCGAUUGCGUUUGCAUUAUGACAUUCUUGAAGGACGGGUCCCUUCAGGUCUCAUUAUUGACUACCACAAACUACUUUCUGAGUGUGAAGAAAUUUAUAGGAAGUUUUUAAAUCUGAGGAGCAGUAUAUCAAAUGGUGACGCAGACACUGAAUUAGAAAAUGUUUCCAUGGCUGAAGGGUUAAGGCUAUAUUCUGAAAUAGAACAACUGAAACAGAAGUUAAAACUCAUUGAGAACCCUCUUCUAAGAUACGUAUUCGGUUAUCAGAAACAUACUGGCAUUCAAGCAAAGGGAAUUCGUCCAACUGGUAAAAAGAUCACCCAUGUUGUAUCAACUUCCAUGAUGGCUAGUUUGUUGCAUUCUCUGCUCAGAGACAAGCUUUAUCAGGAGUCUCAUGAAGAAAUGGAAAUUCAGUUUCAUAAUGACCCAUUGUCAGCUAUAAAUGCUUGUUAUGAAGGAGACACUGUUAUUAUUUGUCCUGGUCAUUAUCUGGUAAAUGGCAUGUUUUCUAUUGCUGACUCUAUUGAAUUAGAAGGAUAUGGUCUGCCAGAUGACAUUGUAAUAGAAAAGAGGGGGAAAGGAGACAAUUUUGUAGAUUGUACAGGUGCCAAUGUUAAAAUCUCAAAUGUGAAAUUUGUUCAGCAUGAUGCUGUGGAAGGAAUCUUGAGCAUUCAUUGUGGCAAGACCACAUUGGAAAACUGUGUGUUGCAAUGUGAGACUACAGGAGUAACAGUUCGAACAUCAGCAGAAUUACUGAUGAAAAAUUCUGAUUUAUAUGGGGCCAAGGGUGCAGGUAUAGAAAUAUAUCCAGGGAGUAAAUGUACUUUGAGUGACAAUGGGAUACAUCAUUGCAAGGAAGGCAUACUAAUUAAGACUAGCCUGGAAAAAAGUGAGGAGAAGAUUUUAAAAUCAGGCAGUGUUGGAUGUGACAGUUCCUUAAAACAUUUGUUUUCAAUGUCACAGGACUUCUUAGAUGAGCAUUAUGACAUUCCCAAAAUAACUAUGGUGAAUAAUGUCAUACAUAAUAAUGAAGGCUAUGGUGUUGUCUUGGUGAAACCUAAAAUUUUUUCUGACCUCCAAGAAAAUGCUCAAGAUGGAUCUGAAGGAAAUAAAAUACUUAAAGUUCAAGAAAAUGAAGAAGUAGGUGCAAGGGAGAAAAUGGGACAAGAAGAGCAAAUGCAGUAUACAUCUGGUGAACUGGGGCCGUAUGCAAGACCUGAGUUUUAUGACCAAACUGACCAAAUGGAAGGCAACUGUGAAAUUGUCAAUGAACUAGUGGCUGCUUCCACGAGGAAAGGCCAAAUGAAAAAGAAAAGGUUGAGUGGCCUGGGCAUCAUUGAAGCUGAUGAUAACCUAAUGUCCCAGGAGAUGUUUGUUUCUAUUGUGGGCAAUCAGUUCAAAUGGAAUGGAAAAGGCCGUUUUGGUAGUUUUCUUUUCUGAUGGAAAUUUAUGUUUAAAAAUGUUGUAUUUGCA